AUGCAGCUGAGCCGCGCCGCCGCCGCCGCCGCCGCCGCCGCUCCCGCGGAGCCCCCGGAGCCGCUGUCCCCCGCGCCGGCCCCGGCCCCGGCCCCCCCCGGCCCCCUCCCGCGCAGUGCGGUCGGCGGGGCUCCGGCGGGGGGCCAGGGGGGGCCGGGGCGCCGCGCGGAGUCCCCGUGCGCUCCGCUCCCGGCCGCUGCCGGCCCUGGCCCCGGCCCGGGCCCCGGCCCCGGCGCGGGCAUGGACGGCCCCGGGGCCAGCGCCGUGGUCGUGCGCAUCGGCAUCCCGGACCUGCAGCAGACGAAGUGCCUGCGCCUGGACCCGGCCGCGCCCGUGUGGGCUGCCAAGCAGCGCGUGCUGUGCGCGCUCAACCACAGCCUCCAGGACGCGCUCAACUACGGGCUCUUCCAGCCGCCCUCCCGCGGCCGCGCGGGCAAGUUCCUGGACGAAGAGCGGCUCCUGCGGGAUUACCCGCCCAACCUGGACACGCCCCUGCCCUACCUGGAGUUUCGGUACAAGCGGCGAGUUUAUGCCCAGAACCUCAUUGACGAUAAGCAGUUUGCAAAGCUUCACACGAAGGCGAAUCUGAAGAAGUUCAUGGACUAUGUCCAGCUGCACAGUACAGACAAGGUGGCCCGCCUGCUGGACAAGGGGCUGGACCCCAAUUUCCAUGACCCUGACUCAGGAGAGUGCCCCCUGAGCCUGGCAGCCCAGCUGGACAACUCCACGGACUUGCUGAAGGUGCUGCGAAAUGGCGGUGCCCACCUCGACUUCCGCACCCGCGACGGGCUGACCGCCGUGCACUGUGCCACGCGCCAGCGGAAUGCAGGGGCGUUGACGACCCUGCUGGACCUGGGGGCUUCGCCUGACUACAAGGACAGCCGUGGCCUGACUCCCCUGUACCACAGUGCCCUGGGGGGCGGGGAUGCUCUCUGCUGUGAGCUGCUUCUCCAUGACCACGCUCAGCUGGGGACCACUGAUGAGAAUGGCUGGCAGGAGAUCCACCAGGCCUGCCGCUUUGGGCACGUACAGCAUCUGGAGCACCUGCUGUUCUAUGGCGCCAACAUGGGAGCCCAGAAUGCCUCAGGGAACACAGCCUUGCACAUCUGUGCCCUCUACAACCAGGAGAGCUGUGCUCGUGUCCUCCUUUUCCGGGGCGCUGACAAGGACGUCCGCAAUUACAACAGCCAGACAGCCUUCCAGGUGGCCAUCAUCGCGGGGAACUUUGAGCUUGCGGAGGUCAUCAAGACGCACAAAGACUCUGACGUUGUGCCGUUCAGGGAGACGCCCAGCUAUGCCAAGCGGCGGCGACUGGCCGGCCCCAGUGGCUUGGCGUCCCCUCGGCCACUGCAGCGCUCGGCCAGCGACAUCAACCUGAAGGGCGAGGUGCAGCCGGCCGCUUCUCCCGGACCCUCUCUGCGAAGCCUUCCCCACCAGUUGCUGCUCCAGCGGCUGCAGGAGGAGAAAGAUCGUGACCGGGAUGGUGACCAGGAGAACGACGCCAGCGGCCCCUCGGCAGGCAGGGGCAGCCAGAGCAAGAUCAGCCCGAGCGGGCCCGGCGGCCCCGGCCCCGCGCCCGGCCCUGGCCCGGCGCCCCCCGCGCCCCCCGCGCCGCCGCCGCGGGGCCCGAAGCGGAAACUUUACAGCGCCGUCCCCGGCCGCAAGUUCAUCGCCGUGAAGGCGCACAGCCCGCAGGGCGAGGGCGAGAUCCCGCUGCACCGCGGCGAGGCCGUGAAGGUGCUCAGCAUUGGGGAGGGCGGUUUCUGGGAGGGGACCGUGAAGGGCCGCACAGGCUGGUUCCCUGCUGACUGCGUGGAGGAGGUGCAGAUGAGACAGUAUGAUGCCAGGCACGAAACUCGAGAGGACCGGACAAAGCGGCUUUUCCGCCACUACACAGUGGGCUCCUACGACAGCCUCACCUCACACAGCGACUACGUCAUUGAGGACAAGGUGGCUGUGCUGCAGAAGCGGGACCACGAGGGCUUUGGCUUUGUGCUCCGCGGGGCCAAAGCGGAGACCCCCAUUGAGGAGUUCACGCCCACACCCGCCUUCCCUGCGCUCCAGUACCUCGAGUCCGUGGACGUGGAGGGGGUGGCCUGGAGGGCUGGGCUGCGCACAGGAGACUUCCUCAUCGAGGUGAACGGGGUGAACGUGGUCAAAGUUGGACACAAGCAGGUGGUGGCUCUGAUCCGCCAGGGCGGCAACCGCCUGGUCAUGAAAGUCGUGUCGGUGACGCGGAAGCCCGAGGAAGACGCGGCCCGGCGCAGAGCCCCGCCGCCCCCUAAGAGGGCUCCCAGCACCACGCUGACCCUGCGCUCCAAGUCCAUGACAGCUGAGCUUGAGGAACUUGCCUCCAUUCGGAGAAGAAAAGGGGAGAAGCUGGACGAGAUCCUGGCGGCAGCCGCGGAGCCGACGCUGAGGCCAGACAUCGCGGAGGCUGACUCCCGAGCUGCUACCGUCAAACAGCGGCCCACCAGUCGGAGGAUCACCCCUGCCGAGAUCAGCUCACUGUUUGAGCGCCAGGGACUCCCGGGCCCAGAGAAGCUGCCGGGUUCUCUGCGGAAGGGGCUUCCACGGACCAAGUCUGUAGGGGAGGACGAGAAGCUGGCCUCUCUGCUGGAGGGGCGCUUCCCGCGGAGCACGUCCAUGCAGGAUUCGGUGCGUGAGGGCCGCGGCAUCCCGCCCCCACCGCAGACCGCGCCGCCGCCGCCGCCCGCGCCCUACUACCUGGACUCCGGGCCGCCCCCAGCCUUCUCGCCGCCGCCGCCGCCGCCGGGCCGCGCCUACGACACUGUGCGCUCCAGCUUCAAGCCGGGCCUGGAGGCGCGCCUAGGCGCGGGCGCCCCCGGCCUGUACGAGCCCGGCGCGGCCCUGGGCCCGCUGCCCUACCCAGAGCGGCAGAAGCGCGCGCGCUCCAUGAUCAUCCUGCAGGACUCGGCGCCCGAGGCGGGCGACGGCCCCCGGCCCCCGCCCGCGGCCACCCCGCCCGAGCGCCCCAAGCGCCGACCACGGCCUCCGGGCCCCGACAGCCCCUACGCCAACCUGGGCGCCUUCAGCGCCAGCCUCUUCGCGCCGUCCAAACCGCAGCGCCGCAAAAGCCCGCUGGUGAAGCAGCUGCAGGUGGAGGACGCGCAGGAGCGCGCGGCCCUGGCGGUGGGAAGCCCCGGCCCGGGCGGCGGCAGCUUCGCCCGUGAGCCAUCCCCGACGCACCGCGGCCCGCGGCCGGGCGCCCUGGACUACGGUGCGGAGGACGGCCUGGGGCUCGCGUUCGGGGGCCCAGGCCCGGGCCCGGGCCCGGGCCCCGGCCCCGCCAAGGACCGGCGGCUGGAGGAGCGGCGCCGUUCCACCGUGUUCCUGUCAGUUGGAGCCGUCGAGGGCAGCGCCCCCAGCGUGGACCUGCCGUCCCUGCAGCCCUCGCGGUCCAUCGAUGAGCGCCUCCUGGGGCCCGGCGCCACCCCAGGCCGCGACCUGCUGCUCCCUUCCCCGGUCUCUGCUCUGAAGCCAUUGGUCAGCGGCCCGAGUCUCAGCCCUGCUGGCUCCACCUUCAUCCACCCCCUCACUGGCAAACCCCUGGAUCCCAGCUCGCCUCUGGCCCUUGCCCUGGCUGCCCGCGAGAGGGCCCUGGCUUCCCAGGCGCCCUCGAGGUCCCCCACACCGGUGCACAGCCCUGAUGCUGACCGCCCUGGACCGCUGUUUGUGGACGUGCAGGCCCGGGACUCGGAGCGGGGGGCCCUGGCCUCCCCAGCCUUCUCCCCGCGGAGUCCAGCCUGGAUUCCUGUACCUGCCCGCAGGGAGGCAGAGAAGGCGCCCCGGGAGGAGCGUAAGUCACCCGAAGACAAGAAGUCCCUGAUCCUGAGCGUCUUGGAUACGUCCUUGCAGCGGCCAGCCGGCCUCAUUGUUGUGCACGCCACCAGCAACGGGCAGGAGCCCAGUAGGCUGGGGGCCGAAGAGCAGCGCCCGGGCAGCCCCGAGCGGGCCCCGGCCCCCAUGCCAACAGCAGCCGUGGCAGAGCCCCUGCCCAGCCCCCGGGCCCAGCCCCCUGGCAGCACCCCGGUAGACCCUGGGCCAGGCCAGGGCAGCUCAGAGGAGGAGCCAGAGCUGGUGUUUGCUGUCAACCUGCCGCCUGCCCAGCUGUCCUCCAGCGACGAGGAGACCAGAGAGGAGCUGGCCCGCAUCGGACUGGUGCCACCCCCAGAGGAGUUUGCCAAUGGGAUCCUGCUGGCCACUCCACCUCCCGGCCCGGGCCCCUCACCCACCACGGUGCCCAGCCCGGCCUCAGGGAAGCCUAGCAGCGAGCCGCCCCCUGCCCCGGAGUCUGCCGCCGACUCUGGGGUGGAGGAGGCCGACACACGCAGCUCCAGUGACCCCCACCUGGAGACCACAAGCACCAUCUCCACGGUGUCCAGCAUGUCCACCCUGAGCUCGGAGAGCGGAGAGCUCACCGACACCCACACCUCCUUCGCUGAUGGACACACUUUUCUACUCGAGAAGCCACCAGUGCCUCCCAAGCCCAAGCUCAAGUCCCCGCUGGGGAAGGGGCCGGUGACCUUCAGGGACCCGCUGCUGAAGCAGUCCUCGGACAGCGAGCUCAUGGCCCAGCAGCACCACGCCGCCUCCGCCGGGCCCGCCCGCCCUCGCUACCUCUUCCAGAGAAGGUCCAAGCUGUGGGGGGACCCCGUGGAGAGCCGGGGGCUCCCUGGGCCUGAAGACGACAAACCAACUGUGAUCAGUGAGCUCAGCUCCCGCCUGCAGCAGCUCAACAAAGACACGCGCUCCCUGGGGGAGGAGCCGGUCGGCGGCCUGGGCGGCCUGCUGGACCCUGCCAAGAAGUCGCCUAUCGCAGCAGCUCGGCUCUUCAGCAGCCUCGGUGAGCUGAGCUCCAUUUCAGCGCAGCGCAGCCCCACGGGCCCGGGCGGCGGGGCCUCCUACGCGGUGCGGCCCAGUGGCCGCUACCCCGUGGCGCGACGCGCCCCGAGCCCAGUGAAGCCCGCGUCGCUGGAGCGGGUGGAGGGGCUGGGGGCGGGCGCGGGGGGCGCGGGGCGGCCCUUCGGCCUCACGCCCCCCACCAUCCUCAAGUCGUCCAGCCUCUCCAUUCCGCAUGAGCCCAAGGAGGUGCGCUUCGUGGUGCGCAGCGUGAGCGCGCGCAGCCGCUCCCCGUCGCCGUCGCCGCUGCCCUCGCCCGCGCCCGGCCCCGGCCCCGGCGCACCCGGCCCGCGCAGGCCCUUCCAGCAGAAGCCAAUGCAGCUCUGGAGCAAGUUCGAUGUGGGCGACUGGCUGGAGAGCAUCCACCUAGGCGAGCACCGCGACCGCUUCGAGGACCACGAGAUCGAGGGCGCGCACCUGCCCGCGCUCACCAAGGAAGACUUCGUGGAGCUGGGCGUCACACGCGUGGGCCACCGCAUGAACAUCGAGCGCGCGCUGCGGCAGCUGGAGGGCAGCUGA